AAAGUUUAGGAAUGAUGUAAUGGUAUAAUGCGCCAGGUUUUCCCAACCUCGGCUUUACAAACCUCAAACCCUCCCCCACCCAAUCUCUCUCUAGAGCCUCUCUGUUUCUCUCUCUAAAAUUAUAUCAUGGAAGAAGAUGACGAGUUCGGGGAUCUGUACACAGACGUCCUCCAAUCUUUCACAUCGUCCUCUGUUCCUCAGCCACACCAGGUACACUCCACACCCCCUUCUCUAACCCGUCUGAUCGAUCCCAACGGCCAGAGCGAUGACGAAGAGAUUCUCUUCGGAGCUUCCAAUUCCAAACCUAGUUUCAGUUUCGCCUCAUCAAGCCAAAAACAAGCCCUAGUUUUCAAGCUCGAAAAGACGGCUCCGGAUUCGAUUGUCGCCGGAAAUUCCGAUUCUCAUCGGAUUUUGAAAGUCGAUGACGAGUUUGAAAAUCAAGUGGACAAAGAAAAGGAUUUAGCUGGGGAUGGGAAUAAUUGGGGAUCAGAAUCGACGGAGCGGACUAAGAUGAUGAUUUUGGGGAGUAGUAGUGAUGUUAAAAUGCAGAAAAGGGCUUUCGAAGAUCCAAAUUUUAUGGAUGAUUCUGCCAUCGAUGUUGUGGUUGACGAGAGAGAUGAUAAAGAUGAUCUGUUGGUGGAAAAAGAUGAGACUACGAUGGGUAAAAGGGAGAAUUUUGAGAAUCUUGGUACCGAAGAAGAGGUUAAUACUGGGAUUAAAGAUUUGGGUUUGGAGCCGAUAAUUCCAGGGUUGUCGAUUACUGGGGUAUCAGUUACGGCUUAUCAAGAAGGUGCAAAUACUGUGACACAGGCUGAAGCCAGUGGUGAGGGGGAUAACUGGGAUAGUGAUAGUGAGGAUGAUCUGCAAAUUGUACUCAAUGAUAAUAAUCAUGGGCCAAUGGCAAUGGACAGGACUGGAGCGGCUGGACCUGACGACGACGAUGACGACGAGGAUGAAGACGGCGAUCCUUUGGUUAUUGUUGCCGAUAUCGACCCAAAUAACCAGCCUAUGGAUGAGCAAGAAUGGGGCGAAGAUGCUGCUCAUGGCACGGAUGGCGAGAAAAAGGAACUGGGUGACGCGGCCAAAGUGAAUGGAGGAGUGGCUGUUGUGCCAAAGAUUGGGUACAGCAAUCAUGUAUAUCAUCCAUUUCAUUCUCAGUUUAAGUAUGUGAGACCUGGUGCAGCGCCGAUGCCUGGAGUAGCUCCUGCUCCCCCUGGGGGAGCCUCAGGUCAAGUUCGUCCACCAGUUAACAUGGGCCCUAUUGCUGGUCGUGGUAGAGGUGAUUGGCGACCAAUGGGAAUAAAAGGUGGUGCUUCUGCACAGAAAAGUUUUCAUCCAGGCUUUGGUAUGCCUGUUUGGGGCAACAAUACACCGGGGCGUGCUUUUGGCAGUGGCCUGGAAUUCACACUUCCAUCUCACAAGACUAUAUUUGAUGUUGAGGUUGAAAGUUUUGAGGAAAAACCCUGGAGGCUCCCUGGUAUCGAUAUAUCAGAUUUUUUUAAUUUUGGUCUGAAUGAGGAGAGCUGGAAAAGUUAUUGCAAACAGCUGGAGCAACUUCGCCUGGAGUCAACUAUGCAAACCAAAAUUCGUGUUUAUGAGAGUGGAAGAACAGAACAGGAGUAUGAUCCAGAUCUACCCCCGGAAUUAGCUGCGGCAGCAGGCAUUCAUGAUGGUUCAUCUGCAAAUGCAAAUCUUGAAAAGACAGAUACUGCACAAAAUGACUUGUCAAAGGGUUCUGCAGGUGUGCGGCCGCCAUUGCCAACUGGGAGAGCAAUACAGGUGGAGAGUGGUUUUGGUGAACGUCUCCCAUCCAUUGAUACUCGGCCACCACGAAUCCGUGAUUCAGAUGCAAUCAUUGAGAUAGUUUUGCAGGAUUCCACAGAGGAUGAUUCUUCACAACAAAUUGAUGUUGCAGAGCAACCAGAAAAUGAUCAUGCAAGCGAGGAUCUCAGAGGAGAUCAUGAAAUUGAAGAAGACAUUGCACAGGAAGAUACUGAACAUUUUGUUGGCUCUUCACAUGCUUAUAAUGGUAGGAAAGGGGAGCUGGUUGGACGAAAAGCAUCAGUCAUGAAUUCUUUUCCGGACAAUGAAAGUGAAGGAGAUGGGACACUGCCUUUGCCUCCGGAAGUACCCAGUCAGUACCAUUCUGAUUCUAAGGGGCGGACUGCUGUAUAUCCUGGCAGGAAUUUUGGCAUCCCUCAUGAGGAGAGGCGGACCAAGGGAAGAGCACGUGACAGAUCCCCCAGUUUGAACCCCGGGGAAGGUACACGUGAUAAAAUAUUUCUUGAUAAUCAGAGGGAAGAAUCAGUUGAAAGCAUUGAUGGUAAACCUAGUCCUCUUUUAUCAUCACCUAUCAAUGCUGAGAUUGCUGGGGAGCCGGGUGUUGAACAUGGUGAAAGUAGGCAUGAUGAACUUGUGCCAGCUGAUGGAAGCUCUGGAAUGGAAAGAGAGGAAAUUAUGUUGACUAAAACAGAUGAUUCCCUUAAAGAUGAAUAUUUAAUGCAUUCCAUGAAAAAGAAAAAAUUAAAUUCUCGUGUUGAGCAGCCUUAUAUUCAAGAACUUGAUAAUGGUGAGGACUUAAAGACUGCGAGAAGUAGCGAAAAUAGCAAAGCAAGAUCAGGAAGCAGCAGAGAUUAUCAGAAGUUGCGUGAUGGCGUUGAGGAGGAAGUUAUUCAAGAUGGCCAUUCUUCGCGCAUUGGGAAUAUUAAAAGACCUCUUGGUGAAUAUGAGCAGAGUGGCCGAAGAAAAGGUCGUGACGAGAGACAUGAAAUUGAAAGACACCGCUUGGUGGUAAAAGGAAGGGAGGAUAUCUAUACACGUAGAGAUCGUGAUCCUAACUCAGUUCACUCCUCGCAUUUGAAGACUGAGGACAUUGACAGGCGAAAGGAGAGGGAUAACUCUGAUGGAGCCUGGCAACAGAGAGAUGAUGAUCCGCAUGUCAGGAGGACAAGACCUGAAGACACAAGGAAACGGGUGCGUGGUGAUGAAAUGGGGUCCAGGCACCGGAGCAAGGUUCGAGAAAGUGAGAGGAGUGACAAAGAUGAACAUCUUCAGUUAAGAAAACAGUUGGACAACGGUAGUUGGAAGGGUCAUCAUGAUAAAGAUAUGGGAUCACGAUACAGGGAAAGGGAUGAUAAUUUGAAGAGUCGAUAUGAGAACAUUGAUGAUCUCCAUAGCAAAAGAAGGAAAGAAGAGGAACACAUAAGGAGGGACCAUGUUGAAAAAGAAGAAAUCUUGCACGGCCAUAGAGAAAAUACCACUCAUAGAAAGCGAGAGAGAGAUGAUAUUAUGGAUCAGCGGAAGAGAGAUGACCAAGCAAGAAUAAGAGAGGAUGAUCAUCACUCUGUCAGGCACAAAGAAGAGGGCUGGUUUCAGAGGGAGAGGAGUGAAAGGCAGAAGGAGCGGGAUGAGUGGCAUAGGCCCAAACAAUCACAUGACGAAAGCCUAUCAAAGCGAGAAAGAGAAGAAGGACGGGGAGGAAUGAGGAGUGGACGAGCUGCAGAAGAUAAAGCAUGGAUCACCCAUGCUAGAGUGAAGGAUGAGUAUAAAGGUUCUGACAGAGACUACCAAUUCAAAGACACGGGGAGGCAGAGUGAGCAAAUUAAGAGAAGGGACCGAGUUGAAGAUGGAAGUUCACAGCAUAGGGGACGUGAAAAUGUGUAUCCACGUGGAAUCCCGCUCAGUAAUGACGAGAGAAGAUCAAGGCAGGAAAGGGCAAUCACUCGUAAUGACCGUUCUAUCAACGCUUCUGAUGAUAAUAGGGCACAUGAUAAAAAACACAAAGAGAAUGCAAGGAAGAACAAAGAAUCUGAGGUUGGUGCUCACAAUUCAUUGGGCCCCUCCAAGAGAAACCAAGAGGACAUUGGUGGUCAGAUAAAUGAGAAGGUAAUCUUGAAAGGAAUUAGUGAGCAAGGAAAUGGCAGACAUGACAUUGCGAUGGACCAUCUCUCUUCUGGGAAGCAUAGGCAAGAUGCUUCAUCAGAUGACGAGCAGCAAGAUUCAAGGAGAGGACGGUCCAAAUUGGAACGAUGGACUAGCCAUAAGGAGAGGGAUUUUAGUAUCAACACCAAGUCGUCGUCAUCCUUAAAAGUUAAAGCGAUUGACACUUACAACAGUGGUGCGUCGUCCUUUGCCAGCAAACCUCCAGAUGUAUCUUCCAAAACGGCCGAAUCAAUUGAUAACCAACAUCCCUCGGGUGAUGAAAAAGAUUCCAACAAUCCAGAGAAUAAGCAUGUUGAUGUGAAACAGACGGAGGAUAAACACUUGGACACAGUUGCAAAGUUGAAGAAGCGAAGCGAACGCUUCAAGCUUCCAAUGCCCAGCGAGAAGGACGCGAUAGCAAUAAAAAAGAUGGAGAGUGAACCAUUACCUUCGGUCCAAGGUGAAACCCGUGCAGAAUCAGAGAUUAAACAAGAACGUCCAGCUCGGAAACGGAGGUGGAUCAGUAACUAAUUGUGAGCUUAAGGAAGCUGUUUUUGAUUGGGUGUAUUGCCCUCGUGGUUCUGAGGGAGUUUCUGCUUAGCUUGAUUCCUCCACUUAUAUCUAGAUAGUUGAGGGUUGGUUAUGCCACCUGCUUAGCAUGGAGUGUUGGGGCUGGCUGUGUACACCCGCAAUAGUUAUAUUAUAUUGUUACCAUGCUGCCGCCAUAUGCUUUUUUCAGAUUGUGUAUAUACCGAUGAAUGUAACACUGUAUUGGCCGUCAAUGACGGUGUCACAGAAUUGUCAUUUUUCUUAAAGCAACAUUAAUUCAUAGUGCAUUACUUAUA